CAAGAAGAUCUGGAUUUUGAUCAAAUUUGAGAUAUAAUUUUUUUCUUCAACAUUUUGGAAUUGGCUCAAAUUUCAAGGAAUUCCAAACUUCGGAAGUUUCUAGUGGCACUUCGAUCAUAGACAUCUGCAGACGUCAUCUAAAGAGUGAUCGAAGUAGGUAAAGUCAUCAUGCAUGCAACUAUAAACCGUUGUUUCUAAACAUGUUGGAAGGAAUGAGCAAGUAGGGAACUGCCCAAGACUGCAUUUCGGGCUUAAAUUCAUUUGGUAACAUCAUCUCUCCCCUCAUAUUCAGCCCCUUGACAGGUUCACGAAAAUGACAAUAGACAAUGGUUUCAUUUAUCUGGAAAUCCGAUUCGGAUCAGUGAAAAAGGUCAACGGCGAUGAAGAAAUCUAUUGUGGUGGUGGAGUACAUUGAUGAUGGUGUGUUGGAUUCGAAAGAGAUUUCUUCCUUCUUCGUCUUUUUUUUUGAAAUUGAAGGAGCGGAAGGCGAUGACGGUAUAGCAGCGAGGCAGCGAUGGGAGUUGACACGGGUGUUAGAUUGUGUUCCUAAUCUUGUCACUGAGGAAGAUAAUCAUACGCUGGUGGCACAACCUGACAUGGAGGAGACUAAAAAUGCUGUUUUUGCCUUGGACCCCAAUAGUGCUGCUGGACCUGAUGGUUUUACUCGGAAAUUUUACCAAUCUUGUUGGUCCAUUAUCAAUAAGGACAUUCUUCUGAUGGUUCAAGGAUUCUUUUUGGGGGACUAUUUCUCCAAAGGCAUUAGUCAUACUUCUAUAAUCCUCCUCCCCAAGGUGGAGUGUCCCAACACAUUUGCUGAUUUUAGGCCUAUAAGCCUAUGUAACUUCAGUAGCAAAAUUGUUUCUAAGAGACUCCAGCAACAGGCUUCCUGUCUCUUCUCCCAACCCAAAGGAAUCCCCCCUUUGAAUCACUUAGCCUUUGCUGAUGACAUGAUUAUCUUCACCUUUGGAGAAGGUAAAGCUAUACAUCUCAUUAUGCAGGACCUUCACACUUAUGUGCAGGAAUCCCCACUGCCUCCAAAUGCUACUGUUGCACUCAUCCCCAGAAUCAUCCACCUUGUGGGGAAAGAAGCUGCUGAAGCUGCAUCGAGGAAGUGGCCUUCUUUAAAUGAAGUUCUUCCCCACUGGAAAAGAGUGUUCAAUCUCUCAGGCACUCUACCUAAAUCUUUUAUGAUCAAAAAGGUUUUGAUAAUUGACAAACACAAUUUAUUCAAGUCAAAAUCAAAGUGCUAUAACGACAAACACGAAGACUGAAAGGUAACAAUGGUAGGGAGGGCAGCGGAAAUACAAAACUUUAAUCUCCCAAUAGUGAGUGAUUACUAGCCCAAGAAUACGUACUAAAACUAUAGCUAGAGAUAGAAACGUAUACCUUCUCCAGAAAAGCGGUAUGAACGAGAAGUCGAGCAAAAGAUGUUGAAGGAGCAAACGUAGCCGUUCAAGCGUCCGGCCUCCAACUUUGACACACGAACAAUCUCCGGAGUCUACUAUAAUCUUUAUGCUAGUAAAGAUUAUAAUAGUAUAUUUAAUAUAAAGAUUAUUUUAGGGAUAAUAUAAAUCUUGUAUAUUC